AUGGCGUUCCGGCAGGCGCUACAGCUGGCGGCCUGCGGCCUGGCCGGAGGCUCGGCCGCGGUGCUCUUCUCGGCAGUGGCGGUGGGGAAGCCCCGCGCGGGCGGGGACGCGGAGCCGCGCGUGGUCGAGCCCCCGGCGUGGGCGGGGGCCGCGCGCCCCGGGCCCGGCGUCUGGGACCCCAACUGGGACAGGAGAGAACCGCUGUCCCUGGUCAACCUGCGGAAGAGGAACCUAGAGCCUGGAGAAGAGGAGCUGACGUCCAGGCUGGACCACUGCAAGGCCAAGGCCACACGGCACAUCUUCCUCAUCAGGCACUCGCAGUACCACGUGGAUGCCUCCCUGGAGAAGGACCGCACGCUGACGCCCCUAGGUCGUGAGCAGGCUGAACUAACUGGUCUCCGACUUGCAAGCUUGGGGUUGAAGUUUAAUAAAAUAGUCCAUUCCUCCAUGACCCGUGCGGUAGAAACCACUGACAUCAUCAGCAAACACCUGCCAGGCGUCUGCAAGGUCAGCACAGACCUGCUGAGGGAAGGCGCCCCCAUCGAGCCUGACCCCCCCGUGUCUCACUGGAAGCCGGAGGCUGUGCAGUAUUAUGAAGAUGGAGCGCGGAUCGAGGCCGCCUUCCGGAACUACAUCCACCGGGCGGACGCCAAGCAGCAGGAGGACAGCUAUGAGAUCUUCAUCUGCCACGCCAAUGUCAUUCGCUACAUCGUGUGCCGGGCACUGCAGUUCCCUCCAGAAGGCUGGCUCCGCCUUUCCCUCAACAACGGCAGCAUUACCCACCUGGUGGUCCGGCCUGAUGGCCGAGUGGCUCUCAGGGCCCUUGGGGACACAGGGUUCAUGCCUCCUGACAAGAUCUCCCGUUCCUGAGGGCCGCUUUGAGGCCCCACGUCCUCCUCAGCCCCUCGCUGGCCUGGUGUGGGUGCCGCCAAGACCGCAGGUUCCCCCAUGUCCCCCCCACGGGCUGCGCAGCGGGGACGGCCACCUCUAGGCAGCAGGAAGGCAAAAGGAUCUACAACACAGAGUUCUUAACUCACGGUCCAGGAAGGAAAAGGGAAGCACUCAGAUUAGACCAGCUUCAUCUCUUUCACAGGGUGUCUGCCUCCCUCUCAUCCAGGACAAGCCUGAGGGGUCCAAGCAGGCCUGUUUGAGGGACUGGAUGAGGGCCCCCAGAUACUGUGACUGUGGGGACCAGGCAGACACGGCAGCAGGGUGUCUGCCAGCAGAGCCCGUCAGGCAGGAGGAAGAGGAGGAGGGCACAGCGCUUCUUCCGUUUGUAACUUAUUCUGCUUCGUACAUUCAUUUCCUAAAACUCUUGUCACUUACAUAGAUUUUCCUCAUCUGGUUCUUGCUUUGAAAACCAGUUUCUCACUCCAAAGUCACACCUCCCUGACGCUGUGGGAUCUGAACUUUUGUGUCGUGACGCCUCUCUGGACACACAGGAGGAGCACCUUGGCCGGUGAGGAGGUGACUUGAGCUGCUGGCCUUGCCAGAGAGGCAGUGAUGAAUGCCCCAGGAGUGGCCCGUUUCAGUAAAACGUCCAACUGACAGUUCAGUCCUUGUUUGCCUCUGGCUGUUAAUCUUUCAUGCUUAUGGAUUAAAAUAUUUAGUGUGUCCACCCCAAAUUUCUGUUAUUUUAGGAGAAAAUACAGUUUUUAUUAAGUGGUUAUGAACAUUUUCUGUAAUCAGUGCAACUAAUUGGAGUAUUUGAUGUUUCUGUCGAUUUUGGAAAUAACUACAAAAUAAAAUUUUAUUUUACUGGUUUUUCAAAGUACUAAUUGUGAAUGUUUUAAAACAAGAGGCCUGUGCAUGACACAACAGCAGCCCCAACUAGCAGAGAAAGUCUCAGCAGAAAGCCCUUUUCCCCAGUAUCUUGUGUACCCUGGGGUGAAGUUUUGCAGGGCAUCUGCCCAAGAGGGGCCUCAGUGAGAAGCUCUGACCCAGGACAGUGAGCUUAAGUGGUUUUCUAAAAGCAACAACCAUGCACCAUUCUGUAGAAAUAGUUUUGACAAGUUCGCCAGGGGCUGUGCCAAUGUCCAAGAACAGAAAAGUGAAAGGCAGUGCCAGGUGUCUGGCCUUGCGUGCCGUGAGAUCCCGUAGUCGAGCCCUGGGCACCUGGACCCUCAGCACCUGCAGGUCUUCUCUGUUUCCUUGGGUUUGUGUGGUCAUAUUGCUGUCCUGUCUGCAGACCUGUCUUUUCAGUGGCAUGUCCACCCUUUGUACUUGACCUCUGAGGAGCAGGACAACAUUUCAGAAACAGAAAGUGAGCCCAGGAGCGGGACAAGGGUGUCAAGGGCCCAGGAAGCCAUCCUGAGGUGGGACAUAACAGAACUUACGAAACAUCAGGAAAGACAUCAUAAAUGUGACCAACAUAAAAACCCACCCCAAGAGCCUGUGCGUCAGGAGGGAUCCUGAACUGACAGCAGCGUGAAUGAAGGUGGUUCCUACUGGCUGCAGUGCUGUUCCAAAGUAUCUCGAGACAGUUGAGGAAGGAACCUGAGGGCACGUGUGACCCAGAGUUGCCUGCGGUCUCCACACGGAAUGAGAAAUACAUGCCUCCCUCCGACUGCCUGAGCACAUCUGGCUUGGGGAUGGGAUGGCGAUGUGCCCAGUGACUGGCAACUGUGCCCGACAAGACAGUCACCCUACAACCAUCCUCUCUGAGCUGUGAACACUUCUGGAAACAUCCGAAAACUACUCCAGAAGAUCUGGUUGCGCGUGUGGUGCCUGCUCUCCCCCGGGAGCAAGGGGCCCUCUGGAGCCCCCUGCACUGUAGACCACAGCACAGCCACCACCCACCAUGAUGGGGUUCCCAUCACCUCUUUCCAACCAAAGACAUUACACACUGAUUGUCAACAUCACAGAAAAAGGCUUCCUGUUUCAUAGGACACUUAGGAAAUAUUUGCUAGUUUAACUGAUGCCAAGCAAGGCUUUUCACAACUGUGUUAGGAAUGAAAGGACCCCAGACAGCAAAUAAACCACUCUCAGAUUGAUGUUCUGUUUAACCCAAACACUGCUUAAGAGUUUGCUAAAAAGGGCACUUUUCCUGGGCACAGUUGAGAGAGGUCUUUCUAAAAGCUUUGAAUGACUACCACAUGGUUUUAAAAAUAAUUUAUUCCAUUAAGUAGUUUUAAAAAGAUGUAAAAUCACCACGGGACACAUGAUAAUGCAUUUAGUGGAACCAGGGCCAACUUAUAUAAACAAAUGGAGAAAUAAAGGUCUAAACUUGAGAAAACAGGAACAGCAGUCUGCAAAGUUAGGGCACAUCCCUACUUUAAUUUCCAUCUGAAUACUUAUAACUAUACAAGAUGGCAUGGUCAAAUUUUAGAGAAAAUAGAUCAUCACUAUGACUACAUCUGUGUUCUGGUUUCUUUGAGACUAGAGAUGUCUUUUAAACACGCCAUUUGGUUUGUAGGACAGAACGUAUUUUUCUCUUAUGUCUAGGUUGUCUACUACACAAGUGAGAACACCCUGUGUAACAACCUUUUGAAUUUUAAAACCUUUAUCUCAGGUCCGAUAUUCCUGACCUAUCUCUUAUUGUGUGAAAGAAAUAAGCUUUUUUUUUAACAUGUUUCAAUUCAGAAUCUUUACAAAUAAAAAAGACUC